AUUUCAACUCAACCGAAUCGUCCGUGGUCAGUCCUCAAAGGCAUAGGUUCUCAAGAGUAGUAGAUUCGCGCAUUUCCACAACGGCGUCACCACGACGAUGAGACAGGGAUUUUUCAGGGGACGGGAUAGGAGUGCGCGGCUAUCAGGUUGCGAAGUGACGGGCAGCUCCAGCUGAGGUGAAAACAGAACCCUCGCCCGGGAAUGUGGCGGCUGCGAACCGCCUGAUCCGGACAAGGCGAGCGGUGCGCGCACACUUUUAGAAAGCAGCUGACAGCAGUUCUAUUCGGCCAGCUGUCGCCGGGACUAGUGCUGUGAUGGGUGAGUCUCUUUCGUCCAGGAAACGCGUCCAGGAGGGCUAUCCCGUGUCUCGCGAAGCGGAGCUGGUGACACAGAGGUAACACGCGUCCGCCCGAGGAAAGGUUGUGCUGUUGCCGUAGCAUGGGAGCGCUAUGUUGUCCAGAAAGGGGUUUCUUCCUGAAGACUACGUGCUGACACGUUUGGCGGAAGAUGUGCUGCAACCGAAGUACAAAGCCAAGCAGCGGAAGGCUCGCUUUGUGGGCAAAAACGGAAGCUGCAAUGUGGCCCACACGAACAUUCGCGAGCAAGGACGGUUUCUGCAAGACGUAUUCACCACCUUAGUCGAUUUAAAAUGGCUCCACACACUCAUCAUAUUUACUAUGUCAUUCUUGUGCAGUUGGCUGCUGUUUGGCAUGAUAUGGUGGCUUUUGGCUUUUGCUCACGGAGACCUGGACCAGAAUAGUGACGACUUUGUCCCCUGCGUCACCAGCAUUCACUCGUUCUCUUCUGCGUUCCUGUUCUCAAUCGAGGUGCAGGUGACCAUCGGUUUCGGCGGACGCAUGGUGACGGAGGAGUGCGUCUCCGCCAUCAUUAUGCUGAUCGUCCAGAACAUCGUGGGCCUGGUCAUCAACGCGAUCAUGCUGGGCUGCAUCUUCAUGAAAACGGCGCAGGCCAACCGACGCGCGGAGACGCUGAUUUUCAGCAAGCAUGCGGUCAUCGCCGUGCGAAACGGCAAACUCUGCUUCAUGAUCCGCAUCGGGGACCUCAGGAAGAGCAUGAUCAUCAGCGCCGCGGUCAGAAUGCAGGUGGUGCGACGGACCACCACGCAGGAAGGGGAGGUGAUCCCCCUCGACCAAAUUGACAUUCAGAUGGAUAAUCCCGUGGGGACGAACGGCGUCUUUCUCGUGUCCCCCCUCAUCAUAUGCCACGUCAUUGACAAAAGCAGCCCCAUGUACCAGCUGUCCGCGGAGAGCCUGCAGCAGGAGGACAUCGAGGUGAUCGUGAUUCUGGAAGGGGUCGUGGAAACCACCGGCAUCACCACGCAGGCCCGCACGUCUUACCUGUCAGACGAGAUACUGUGGGGCCAGCGCUUCGUGCCCACCGUGACGGAAGAGGACGGCAUGUACGCCGUGGACUACUCCAAGUUCGGAAACACGGUGAAAGUGUCAACGCCGAGCUGCAGCGCGAGGCAGCUGGAGCAGGAGGGCGGCCUGCCGCCGUUAAAGCGUCAGGAGGCUUCCGUCCGAAGACGGCGUCCCUCUUUAAAAAUGAAGCAGCUCAGCAUCUCGCCGUAAUUCUGACAUGGGGUGACUGUUGUUUUCCAAGUGUUUUGCUACACUUAAACGUUCAUAUAUUUGUGGCAAAUAUAUCCAAGUAAAGGUGAACGUAUUUUUCUAUAUGUUGUAAUGUUUUAUUUAACUUUCUUUGUUGUUGUUUGUUUCGUUUUGCAAAAUGACUGCAGUUUUAUAGCCUGCAUUUUAUACAAUGACUGUACCUUGUACUGUACAGGAACCAAUAGAAAUACAUGUAUGCACUACUUAAAUGCAAUGUAGUAAGAUUGUCGGGCAAAUGUUCUUGCGCCGAAAUAUCUUAUUGACAGCGGGAUCCUGCAUGGAGUCCUCGACGCAUGCGUCCAAUAACUUUUGUCGUUGCACAUAAACUCAGGGUUCAAUAAGAAAUGUGCACAGCUAAAAUCAAAUAUGCAAUGUCAUGUUUAUAAUUACGUGUUUAUAAUUACGUUUAUAAGUAGGCCUGUGGACACAUUACGCACGCUUGUAUCUUUAAUAUAUCAUGGCUGCACGUAAACAAUAGCGGACUUCUGCCUUUUCAAAUAAACUGCAAGGUCCAUUGUAUAAGUACACUGGAGAAUAUGUA